UGAAGAAAAUGUUUCUUCCCCCGGCAGAAGAUGAACUCCUCUCUGUGUGACCCUGCAGUCACCAUGUACGAUGUGGUGGGAAACCAUCAACCUAACGACAGCUGCAACGGCUCCUCUGGCGUUUCCAACUGGACCUCUGGAGAAGACACCCCUCAGCUGCCCACGUUCACCACCGCAGCCAAAAUCAGAGUGAUCAUCACCUUUAUUCUCUGCGGCGUGUCGGCCUUUUGCAAUCUGGCUAUGCUGUGGGCAGCACACAACGAUGGGAAACGCAAAUCCCACAUCAAAAUGCUUAUCAUCCACCUGACGGUGGCUGAUCUGCUGGUGACCUUCAUUGUGAUGCCUGUGGAUGCCGUGUGGAAUAUCACAGUCCAGUGGCUCGCCGGGGACUUUGUGUGCAGGCUUCUGAUGUUCCUGAAGCUGCUGGCGAUGUACUCCUGCGCUUUUGUCACUGUGGUGAUAAGUCUGGACCGGCAGUCAGCCAUCCUCAACCCUCUGGCAAUCAAUAAAGCCAGGAUGAGGAACAGGGUAAUGCUCACUGUGGCGUGGGGUAUGAGCGUUGUGCUGUCAGUCCCCCAGAUCUUUCUUUUUCACAGUGUAACCAUCGUUCACCCAGAGGACUUCACCCAGUGCACAACGCGGGGAAGCUUCGUCACUCGCUGGCAUGAAACGACCUACAACAUGUUCACGUUCUCUUGUCUCUUCCUGCUGCCGCUGAUCAUCAUGAUCACCUGUUACAGCAGGAUAUUCCAUGAGAUCUCCAAACGACUGAGAAAGGACAAUUUGCCGUCCACUGAAGUGCACUUGAGAUGUUCCAAAAAUAACAUCCCCAAAGCCCGGAUGAGAACUCUAAAAAUGAGCGUUGUGAUCGUUUUGUCGUUCAUUAUUUGUUGGACUCCGUACUACCUGCUGGGUCUGUGGUACUGGUUCUUUCCUGAAGACCUGGAGGAUAAGGUGUCCCACUCCCUGACCCACAUCCUGUUCAUCUUCGGGCUCCUCAAUGCCUGCCUGGACCCAGUGAUCUAUGGCCUGUUCACCAUUCACUUCCGAAAGGGGCUCCGGAGAUAUUACGGCAACGCUACCUCGGCAAUGGACGCAGAAAACAAUACCGUUACAACCGGAUCUUUCACCUGUGCUGCCAAUUCUUUGUCCCUUAAACGAGAGCUCAGACGUGCCAGCCAGGAAAGACUGAUGCUUCAUAGCGACAGCUGCAGAGCGAAGCCAUCGUCUUCGAGGAACAGUUUUCUGAUAGACAGCAACGAUGCAAUAAGAGAUCCCAACCAGCCCAACCCUGAGAGCAUCUUAUGA